UACAUUAUUUUUGUCUUUCAACCCAAACAGCUUUUUUAGCUUUUUGUAACUUUCAGACCAUCUCUCUCUCUGCAGUGAACAAUUCAAGAUUCCUGUCUUUUACUGUUUGAAUUAUUUUUUGCUUAUUGCAACUACCCAUACUUCUAUUUUUUCCUUCUUUUUUUUUUUUUCACUAUCCACAAACAGGGUUUUGCUCUCCCUGCAAACAGUAAUUAAGAUUGUGAAAAAAAGAUUGUCUUGGAGUGUUUAGGCCAUUCUUGAUUGCUGUUUGGUUCUUGGGUUUAGGUUGUUUUGGUAAAAGUAUUGACUUUGUGGAAAAUUUUGGACAUUUGGUCAACCACUUUGGCCUAAUUUGUUGCUGUAUAUCGACCCUUUUGGGAGUCAAAAGCUUGAUGGUUUCUAGGGUUUAUGGAUGACUAAGGCUUUUCAUUGAGUUAUCAUUUAGGUGAUUCUGUCAAAAAGAUUGAAAUAUGGUUGCAAAAGACCGUAAAAAACCCACUGGAUCUCCCAAAGUACAAGUUGGAGAGAUAGAUACAAGUGCACCAUUCCAGUCUGUCAAAGAUGCUGUUAACUUGUUUGGUGAAGGUGCAUUCUCAGGGGAAAAGCCUGCUAUCAGGAAGCCAAAACCUCAGUCCGCAGAGAGGGUACUGGCAAAGGAAACGCAGCUUCACUUAACCCAGAAAGAGCUGAACAAGUUGAAGGAACAAUUGAAAAAUGCCGAAACUACUAGAGCCCAAGCACUUUCUGAACUUGAAAGGGCAAAACGGACUGUUGAUGACCUCACCAAAAAGCUUAAAAUUGUUUGUGAGUCAAAGGAUUUGGCUGUCAAGGCAACAGAAGCAGCAAAGAGUCAAGUGAACCGACUUGAAGAACCAAAUAAUGACUCUGUUAUGGAAAAGGACGGUUCGUGGAAAACAGAUCUGGAAACUGCAAGAGAGAAGUAUAUGGCUGAAAUAGGUGAUCUUGAUAAAGUAAAACAAGAGCUUAGGAAAAUCCGUCAAGAUUGUAAUACAUUUAUGGAAGAAAAAGCUGGCGCUAUUGAGCAAGCAGCUGAAGCUGAGCGUACUGCCAAAGCGAACAUGGAAAGAGCUAGUGAGCUCUCCAAGGAAAUAACAUCCGUCCAAGAGUCGAUUGGUCUAUUAAAUCUCGCCUCUGGGCAGGUGCGAGAAGAGCAAUCGAAAAUCUAUGCUGAAAAGGAUGUCCAGAAGCAAUCCUACAAGGCUAAACUUGAAGAAUCAACAAAAAAGUUGGUUGCUUUAAGGAAAGAGACUGAUCUAGAUUUAGCCAAGAAUCUCGAAGCAAAGUUAGCCGAAAAAAUGUCCGAAAUUGAAGCUUUAAAAAAAGAGAUGGAUAGUGCGAAGUCUUCUGACCUUGAUAAGGUUAAAGUUAUUACUGCUGAGCUGGAUGAUGCUAAGGACUCACUGCAUAAGGUGGUAGAAGAAGAGAAUACUCUCCAGAACUUGGUGGAGACCCUUAAAAUGGAGCUGGAAAAUAUUAAGAAAGAACAUUCCGAUCUGAAGGAAAAGGAGGCAGAGACGGAAUCACUUGCCGGGAGUUUGCAUGUCAAGCUUCGGAAAGCCAAAUCUGAGCUUGAAGUAGCAGUCGCAGAAGAAGCUAAAGCAAGAGGUGCUUCUGAAGGAAUGAUUUCUACUCUCCACCAGUUGACUUUGGAGACUGAAAAUGCGAAACUUGAAGCUGAAGAGAUGAAAAUGCAAGCAGAAGAAAUGAAAAAAGAAGCUGAAGCCACUAGAAUUGUACUUGAAGAAGCAGAAAAGAAACUUAAAUUGGCGAUGCAAGAAGCUGAAGAAGCAAAAUCAGCUGAGGCUGAGGCUCGUGAGCAAAUUAAUAAGUUAUCUGAAAAAACCACAGCUGCACGUUCCUCAACUUCCGAAUCUGGUGCUCGUAUCACUUUAUCAAAGGACGAGUUCGACUCAUUGAGCCGUAAAGUUGAAGAAUUUGAUAAUUUAGCAGAAAUAAGAGUGGGAGCUGCAAUAGCUCAGGUAGAGGCCGUGAAAGCAAGUGAGAAUGAGGCUCUCAAGAAGUUGGAAGCUACUCAGAAGGAGAUUGACGAUAUAAAAACUGCUACUCAGGAAGCGUUGAAAAAGGCAGAGAUGGCAGAAGCUGCCAAGAAGGCGGUAGAAGGCGAGCUUCGAAGGUGGCGGGAACGUGAGCAAAAAAAGGCAGCCGAGGCAGCUUCUCGUAUUCUUACUGAAACACAAAUGAACUAUGGAUCAUCUCCGCAGAAUUACAGAGUUGAGAAGGAGAAGCCAUCAGAGAAGUUUGUGGAAGUCGAAACCAAGAUAGCGGAAACGCGCAAAUUGCAGAAAGCAAAGACAUCAGUGUCAAAGAAGAAGGUAUUGAUGCCUGAUAUCAGUGGUAUUUUUCACAAGAAGAAAAACCAAGUAGAGGGAAGUUCUCCAUCAUAUCUUCCUGGAGAGAAGCCUGUUUGGUAACACUUUGCCAAAACAUUUUGUGCAAAAUAUGUGUGGUGGGGAGGAACUGAGUCAAGAUGCCAUGGAUUGUGUUGUGUAUAUCUGAAACCUGUGGAGCAGCAAUUUUCUUUUCCCUUUCACUUUUGGUAUUUAUCUUUUGUGUGUCUGCAAGUUCUAAGAGAUAUGCAAUUGUCUCCUAUAAUAAGAUGCUUACCAGAUUCUUAUUUUGACAUCCUUGACUUCCAUGAGAAAAAAGCAAAAAUAUGCAUACCAAGGAUAUAAGGCUUA